CGGCGAAGUAGUCAUUUGAACUGAUUUUUGUGUUGUCAAAAAUAAAUUCAUGAAGUUUUGUAGUGUUUUAAAUAUUAAGGAAGGUUUAAAAGAUGUAAUAAAUCUAAAAGUAAUUAAAUAAUAAAAUAAUAAUUGCGUGAAGAAAGUUAAAAAGCGUUUAAUAACUCCUUGACCGGUUUACUAAAGUUUAUUCGCGCCUCGACAAAUAACAGGGAACCGGCAGCCAUGUUGUAAGUCUUGUCAAGCAUCAUGGGUUAAGAGUGCGGAAUAUGCAAGCAGCAAAUCGCUUAAAAAAAUCGUUUUGUAUACAUGCAGAACAGUGCAUUUUAUCUAUAAACUGUGUUUCUUUUGAACGGUAGUUACAGCGGAUCGCCUAGUGGUCGCGAAAGUGAUGUUUCUGCGCAUUUUUACGGUCAGAGUGCAAUGUCGUACUAGCUAGCGCAGGGAGUCGUCUACUGCCUGGCCAACGACUGCGAGCUUCCAGCAUCCCCAAUUGCGGGAGGUGAGUUAAACGGACGUCGGGACCGUUGUUCUAACGUCUUGGGGUCGCGUCCGGUGCCGGUUUCGACAAUAUGACACGUGCGAAAUAGUAAACAAGGAUUUUAGGCGAUAAUGGCCAAAAUUCUAGGCAAGGAUCAGGCCACGUACGCGAAGGAACGCGACGUCUUCCUUCGGGAUUUGCAGCAUUUUCAUGAAAUUCGAGGGACGCCAUUCAAGCGAGCCCCUACUCUCGGAGGCAAGGAGGUCGACUUAUAUCUCCUUUACACUCUUGUUACUUCACAAGGCGGAUGGUUGAGGGCAAAUUCGAAAAACACGUGGCCUCAAAUUUUGCCGUUGUUGAAGUUACCAACGUCUUGUGUCAAUGGAAGUGUCGCUCUCAAACAGAUUUACUUGAGAUAUUUGGACCGAUGGGAGAAGGUUCAUUUUCUUCACGAAGACGCCGAUCGUGCCAGCGAUGACGACGAAGAGAGCAGGCAUAAGCGCUGGUCCGCAAGAUCUCUGCAUUCGAUACCUUGUAAUUAUAACUAUGCGCAACAUAAUGUUUCCGAUGCCCAGAGGGAAUUUAACCAUUUGUCAACCAACCUCUACAAAGCAUCAGACUAUGACAGAUUGUCCUUGUCUUUAGUAUCUCCCUUGCCCAAUGAACAAGAUUUUGCCAUCAAUGUAUGUACACUUCUCUCCAAUGACGGCAAGCAUACAUUAAAACUCGACAAACAUCCCACUUUAAUAAACUACCUACUAGCUCAUGCUGGAGUGUUCAGCCAUAGCUCUCUUCGACAAAUAUUCACCCACUACUACAGUGUAAUAAGAAAACGACCCAUUCACAAUUUCUGGAAAGAAGUGCUGGAUUCACAAGAAUUUCUCGAUCUGACUAACGAAACCAAGUUCCCAUCUGAUCUGGAAGUUUCCAAAAAAACCACACCCCUAAUUGUUGGAAAAGAAGACGAGUCAACACUUUUAGCUCUAACUGGCGUAAAUGAAGAUCAAUCGAAUGACAACACAGACAAUACAGAUACACCGGACUGUGAGAUAAUUGAAGAUAAUUGUGAUAAUUUUAAAUUAAAGAUUAACCCAGAGGAUAACGAACUAUUUAGCAUAAAACGAGCGCUCGGUACUCAAGACUAUGUAGGACAAAGAGUGUUACAAGUAGCCACGAUUUUAAGAAAUCUUAGUUUUAUAGAGGAAAAUGUACAGGUGUUGGUGAAAAACACUUCAUUUGUUAGGUUUUUAUUGUUGUGUAGUAUUUCGCGAUGGAACAUGUUAAAAAAUCUCGGCUUAGAUAUGUUAAGCAAUGUAGCGGCUGAAUUCAUUGUUAGAGACUUACAAAAUGACUUACUCGCAACCAAUCUUCUUAAAAUUAUAACUAAAGGAUUGAAGAGUCAAGAUAGGGCCGAAUGUCUGUCGUCACUUGAAGUAUUGAACAAAUUGUGUCAGAAUGAACAGAACGAGGAUAUCAUGCAGAGGUCUUUGGAGGCUCAUGUGUACAAGAGUGUGUGUUCUUUUUUGACACUACAUGAUGUUAUGUUGUUGAUUUAUACGUUGGAAUGUUUGUAUUCCUUAUCGUCACUCGGUGAAAGAUCCUGUAAUUUUAUCAUUAUUAAUCAUGGCGUUAUUGAUACAUUGGUGGCUUUGGUAACAGUGGAAGGAAAGAGUUAUGGACCAAAAGCAUGUAUCGGUAUGAAAUUGGUGGAAACUUUGCCUAGUGGAACUAGUCAACAGGCACAGGUUACAACUGCAACUCCAUCUCAACCUAUUCAACUUUCGAAUACAGUUCCUAGUUCUGCACCAACACAGACUGUGACCUCCCUUAGUUCCGUCUCGCUGUCUAAUUCCAAUUCAAGUUCGACUGUUGUGACAACUUUAACAAGUACCCCAGUAAUGAGUAGCAGUCCUACGCCGAAGUUGACUAUCCCCAGUACCCCCAUUAGACAGGUUAACAUUCAACCCCAAAGGCUGAUUCCCAUCAAUCCUGCACCUAUAACACCAACUGUAACUGCAACACCUACACCAUCUGUCAUCCAAUCCACAUCAAAUAUGACACCGCAACAGAUGAUUCAGCAACAGCAUGCACAUCAGCAAGCAAUUCAUGAAAACGAACAAUUUGCUCUAGCUUGGUUAAGGGCCACUUAUGAGCCUUGCGGUACCGGAAAAGUUGAUCAUCAGGAAGUUUACAAACAUUAUUUAAAUUCGUGUUCGACUAUUGGAAGGCGAGGUGUCAUUUCUCCAUUACAUUUUCCUCGAUGCGUUAGAUCAAUAUUUGGUGGCACUGUGGGCCCCAACCCCAUGAAACCGACCAAUCCGAACGACCCGCAGUUCUACGAAGGCAUCAAGGUGCGAGACAAACCCCUUUUAAUCAAUCUCCCACCCUCCUCAGUUCCAAAACCUGUCAGUACGCCGACUGUACCUGCUGUUGUCGCUAACCCCAAACCCCAGCAGGUGCGUCGAAAGUCCGUGCAACCCGUUGUAGUUAACACGCCCACUACCGUUGACAAAUCGGGGCUGACAGUUGUAGCGGACAAUAACGGCACUACGGACGGUGUUUCUGUGCCAUCUCCCGCCUCCCCAAUACUUAAGGCACAACUUAGCGCGCCUCCCAAACAGAGGGAUGGCACCCCCUCACCUGUCUCGAGCAAAGGCGAUAUGAAAAGCCAGGCUAUGGCACAUCCGCACCUUAGCCAAGCACUCCUAGGCUGCACAUCAGCGACAACUGUACCCUGUACAUCGACUGUAACUGUUGGUAGUAGUGGUGGUACGAAAGAGAUCCAAUCAUCAGGUCAAACAAGUAACACGUCGCUCAUAAAAAGCCUUCUGGCGACAAAGGUAGCGGCUAGGCAACAACGACUACUAGCCCAACAAAGCCAACAACCAUCACUGGAUGGUCUGAACAAAACGCCCAUCAAGGACGCCAUGAAACCAGGAAGAUUGAAUGGAGUCAGGCAACUAUUCACCGAUAACGAUGUUGGUGAUCCUUCCGUUUCUUCUACCACCCAGUUCACUGACCUGACGAAAGGCAAGAAAGAACCUCCCCAACCUCCUCCUCCACCUCUGGCGCCACUCAGCAACAACGUUAAGGGGGGGAGACCGCAAAGAAUAGACAACGAAGAUAGUGAUUCUAUUGGUAAUAAUUCCUUGGCAUCUAGCUCGGGAAUAGGGACAGUAGGUAUAGGAGGCGUAUCUUCAACAGAGGAUGGCGACAAUUCCUUAACGAGUUUCGAAGGCCUACUUAACGGCAUUCCAACUAUAGAAAAUGCCCUUAACGAAGAUAGUAAUUCCAAAGAUUUUGUAAAAAUUUCUAGUAGUGAAAUAUGUGUGAAUAAACCCCUUAGGUUAGCUGAUCUAUUAGAAAAAAAGUUUGAAAAGAGUCCGCCGCUUUUGAAUGGCGGGCUUGGAAAAGAGUUAAGACUGGGAGAAAAGACCAUGGAUUUGGUUGAGAAUCACAUUGAGAAAGCACUUAGUAGAGAGAUGGAAAAUAGUCCGGAAAAGUGUGUUAGGAUGGAUGUUGAGGGUGCUUUAAAACGUAGUUCGUCUGAUGAAAUCGUGGAAAUCGAAGCAAAAAGAGCCCUUCUAUCGAGUAAUAUUAACGGUUCCUCUAUGGCAGACUCACUAGCACCAGAUUCCUCGAGCUCCAAUGGUGACGAUGGGCCCUCGACUGUCUCUACAGCAGCAGCUAAACUUUUUGCUGAUAUAGCUGCAGACAUUCUCGAAGACGAGGACGAAGAACAACUUAUGCAGGAAGCACAAAGACAUACUCCUGCGCAAAUCGUAACUGAUAAUUCACCUCAAAUGCAAAUUCAGACGCAAAGUCCCUUAUCUCAUCAAAUCAUGAUGGAUCAUAAUAAUCAGCAGGUGUUGUUAACACAGCAGAGGCAGAUUAUUGUUUCGUCAGGGGGGCCGUUGCCUACAACCAACCAAAUGGUUAUAUCCGGUACUCCCAUGAAAACACAAACAGGCCAAACUGUUAUAGUUCAAAAUACAUCUGGUCAACGCUCCAUGAUGCUUGCCCAACAAAACAGCGGGGGUCAGAUCCUUCUUUCCCAAGGCCUCCAGGGUCAAAUGCAAAUCGUCGCUUCUUCGCAGCCUGGUCAGUAUGUACUUCAGACAGGUGGAGGUGGACAACAAUACGUAGUUGCUCAACCACAAACCGGUAUGGUCCAUGGGUCACAGCCACAGACUGUGCUGCUAGCACAGACAGCACAGCAACAGGGCACUGGUGCAAAGACUAUCAUUAUUUUGCAACAGCAACCGCCGCCUGGGACGCCUCAACAGCAUCAGAAGGUAGUGGUCACCCCACAAGGACAGCAGGUUGUAGUAACUCAAGUUCCUAGGCCAGUUAUGCACACUUCAUCGGUUUCCAACAACUUACCACCUGUUACCAAAGUAAUUAAAUCAGUGGCCUCUAGUAAUACAAGUACUAAUACUACACAAACACAAAACGUAAAUAUAAUGACUGAGAGAAAGAAAGAGGAGGAAAUAAAGAAGAAGGCAAGAGAUUUAACUACGCCAUACAUUUGUGAAUGGAUCGAUUGUAAUAUUGACAAAAUAUUCAAAUCAGCAAACGAAGUUUACCUCCAUGCCACAGCUUCACAUUGUCCAUCGGGAAGUGAGGAGAUAACCUGCCAGUGGGAUAGGUGCGACAACAUGAAAAGAAAAAGGUUUUCUCUCAUGACCCAUCUCCAUGAUAAACAUUGUAACACGGAGGCAAUGAAACAAAGUUUGGUGAAACGGAAACAGGCAGCUCACACUAACAAACCGGAGCCCGUUUCACCCGCAACCCCUAGUCCGCAUCCAGGAUAUGCACCUGAUGCAGCUUUACAUGCAAUCAAAAGGCAUGCUUUGGAAUUUGUCAAUCCGAAGGAAUUACAAGAUGACAAUGAGGGGCCAGUUACAAAAAGUAUUCGUCUGACAGCAUCUCUAAUUUUAAGGAAUCUUGUUAUUUACAGCAGUCAUUGUAAGAGGUACUUAAAAUCACACGAAUCCCACUUGGCUAAUGUGGCGCUGAGCAAUGUAGAAUCAUCAAGGACAAUAGCACAAAUUUUGUUUGAUAUGAACGAUUCGACGCAUAGGUGACCUAAACGCAAAAGUGACUGGUGUACAGGAACGGACUCAAAGUGAAAAAAAUAUGAGAAAAAAAAACUAUUGUGUAAAUUAUUUAAAGAAAAAAAAUGAAAGUGUACAAAAGUUUAGUUAGUUAAGUAGCUAUAAGAGCCUAAUUGUUAUUUUUUAUAUUAUUUUACCUAGUGUGAACGAAUUCUUGGACUAUCGGAAAAACUUCUUUGACACACCCUCCGGAGAGGCACUGCAUUGUAAAAAAAGAUGACUUUUAUCCCAUUAGACACUGCAUUGUAUAAAUUGUUCUAUCCGUGCAAUUUCAAUGGCUAUAUGAUGUUGGCUAUUCUGUGUAUAUAGUUCUAUAUCUCAGUCUAUGGUGAAGAUUAUUCGUUAAUUGUAUCACCUACUUAUCAAACGUGUCCCUCGAAUGUUAUAUUUAGCAUCUUUGUUAAGUUUGGCAACUUGAUAAAAAUUGCGGGCGAACCUUUGCAAAUUAGUUACGAUGACAGCUGAAUUUGUUUUAUCUCCAAUAUAGUCGCGCGUUUAUAGGAAUUUUAAACAAGUUAACAAAGCUGACAACUGACAUCUGUCAACCUUCUCAAGUUGUUUAUAUAAACAGUCAGGUCUAGGCAGAAGUUAAAAUCUUAGGUAUGGUUUCAAGUACAAUUUUAAAGAUUUAACUAACAUCAACAGAUGACAUUUAAAUUGAUUGGGAAACUUCUAAACAAUUUUGGCUAUACGAG